GGAGGGCCGCUGCAUGAGAAUGAGUUAGUAUAGAAAGCAGAGUAGAAUAAAAGAAAAAAACGGGACUGUAAUGAAGGAUUUAAUUUCUUCAUCCUGCUGUGCCUUUUGGACUUCUGUUUUCUCUCCUGUGCUCUUAGGAAAGGUCAAUAUCCCCAGAGUCAGGCUCUCCCCAGCCCAGCCCAGCCCAGUCCUUGGAACAUCUACUCUCUGAAGCGCUGACAACACAAGGACUGAAAGAGGAAAAUAUGAAAACUCUACUCACCAUGCAGUCCCUGCCUCUGCUCCUCCUGCUGCUGCAGCCACUUCCACUGCAGGUUCUAAUGCAACGAAGAUUUCCUAGUAUGCCAGAUGAUGUUCGGACAGAAGAAUUUGAAGAGUUUGUUGAUGAGUUAUAUAGCACAGGGCCUACCAAACCACCUACCAAAAAAAUUUUCCAAAACCAUUUCAUAAUUCCUACUGUAUUGCCAUUUUAUAAUGAAUAUCACUGUAAUUGGGAUUUGAAGAUCAGACAUGUUCAUGACAGGUUUUCCUGCAGGAAAGAACAUUUUUUCCUCCUAGUAUCAUAUGAGGAGUUACAAAAGACCUGUAGCAGCAAGUUUGUGGCAUGUAGGAAUGGAGUUAGGAGAUGUCACAAGACCGAGAGAAUAAUAGAAGGAGUGUACUGUAAGUUGACACGUGGAAUUAGGAUGCCAGAAUGUACUUAUGAAGGUUUUCCCAAGAAGGGAUAUGCCCUUAUCACUUGCCGAUGGCAAGAUGAUAUUGGAGAAAUUAUUCCUGAGCAUGUAAAUGAUAUUUUGGAAAUACCUGGCAAGCACUAA